AUGCCCAAAUCGGCACCCGUCGAGAAGUUCUAUCUACAGCCAACUUUACAUUCUCCAAAUAGCCCUUUACCUGUGCUACUAUAUCGAGAGAUACUUCCCCACCCCAUCAACGAGGAGUCGACCUCUGAGUUUCUACAGGCCAACGGUUGGGAGAAAAGAGGGACAUGGGGGCACAUCGCGACUCAUCAUUUCCACCCAAAUACCCAUGAAUGCUAUGGAAUUUUCCAGGGUUCUUCGACCCUCAUCAUCGGCCGUGGAAGAUUCGACGGCGAGGGCGGUGUCUACAUCCCCAUCAAUACGGGAGAUGUAAUUGUCUUGCCUGCUGGAACCACGCACUGCUCUCUCGAAAGUAAGGGAGACUACCGAUAUAUUGGUGUCUACCCAAAGGGUGCACCGCGAUGGCGAAAUGAAUUUGGCAGAAACCCCAUUGAUAUCAACACUCAGAGAAAAGAAAUUUUAAGAGUGGAGAUGCCAACCCAAGACCCGGUAUAUGGGAAAAACGGCCCUCUUGUUCACCUGUGGAACGAAGCCUUGUUGGCGUAUUCGGCAGGAGGACCUUCAAAGCUGUAAUUCCAGCAGCCUUCGUUCGUGAUCAAGGCCAUAUGUCCUUUUCCUGCACUGGGCCCGAGACUAUCCUGAAAAGAAGGGGCUUUUGGACGACCUCGAGCUAGAUCAAGCUUUGUAAACUUGUUUUAAUGCUGGGAGACCUCAUUUCUGCAUAUAUUCUUAUUUUACAGCAUGCCUGGCAUUGAUCCGUUUAGAGGGGUCAUAAGCCAACAUUGAUCUUAAUAGAUGCUCAAUGCAAGACAUCUCACCCGGGCCA